CCGGGAUAUAGCGGGGAUAUAGUAUCGCCCUUAAAGACCGUUAAAGAACGUAAACAAAGCGUCUAAUGAUAUGGAGAAGCAGACAAAGAUAAUUAUUUUUCGACCAAAUAACAUCAAUUAAUUUGACCAUGAGUGUGAGUGAAGAGGCAUGUCUGGAGGACUCCGAAGAGUUAAUAGAAGAUGUGGAAGAGGGGGAGGAGCUCCAAAUGGAACAGUCCACUCCAGAGAAGAGGGCCAGGCAUGCCAUCACAGGUCGAGGAGUGACCAUUCAGAUGUUGAUGGCUGACGGAAUGAUACAGGCUGGAGAAGGGGUUCUCUCCCUUGAAUAUCUGGGCCAGAAGUUUACUGCAGACCUGCUACCUAACGGGAAGAUCAAGUCGUGUGAGACGGGGGAAGUGUUCGGCUCACCUAGCUCAUGGGCAAUCUUCUGUAAGAAGCUUGUCAAUCCGGCCAAGAAGUCUGGUUGUGGAUGGGCAUCUGUGAAGUACAAGGGCAGGAAACUGGACUCAUGGAAAACCAGCUGGUUCCGACAACAAAAGCCUCGCAAACCCAACAUACCCGGCUCACAGUCUCCAGCCAGCAGUAUUCUGAGUGACACCUCUGAUUCUCAUCUGAAAUCACCGGAUGAUAUAAAGUGUCACCGUGUGUCUGAUAUUAAGAGUCAUGUGACUGAUGUUAUGGGGAACAUUUCUCACCCCAGCAGCUAUGCAAGCCUAGCACAGAUCUCGGUCAUGUCAGACAGGGAGCCAGUUCAACAGGAGGCAGACUUGAUUACAGAUAACAGUUAUGUGCUUGACCUAACAGUGAAACCAAGGAAGUCAGAGACUCCAUCAGUAGAAAGUGCAACAAGAAAUAUAUCUGACGUUGCAUCAUUCUGCUUCAUGGGCGAGCAAGAAGAAGCACUGAAUCUGUCAUUAAAACCUGACCCUCUGGGAUAUAAAUCCACCUCGUCAGUCGUCAAAACUGAGACGUUGCCUUGCCUCAGUGGGAGUGCAGAGAUGGGAUCCAGGGAUAAAACACCCGUCAGACACUCAUCCCUGCCACAUAAAAAGGCUAAUAUGGAUAUGAACCAGCUGGUUGCAUGUGAAUUUUUUGCUUCAUCUGGAAAUGUCCAGCCAUACACCGUCUCGAUGUCAACCAAUUCACUGCUUCUUAUUGAUUUUCACUGUCAUUUAACUACUAGUGAGGUAGUGGGUUACCUGGGUGGAAAAUGGGACCAGACUUCCCAACAUUUAAGUAUCCAGCAGGCAUUUCCAUGCCGAUGUCGACUCAGUGAUGCCCAGAAUGCCCCAUUAGUCGAGGAAGAGAUUCGGUCAACCAUGAAGCACCAAGGUAUGUCAUUGGUUGGCUGGUACCACUCCCACCCUUACUGCCAGCCUGAGCCAUCUGUAAGGGACGUGGAGUGUCAGAUGGGCUACCAGCUGAAAAUGAGGGGCAACAAGUCAAACUAUUACCCUUGUGUCGGCAUUAUUAACUCCCCGUAUUAUAAUAAGUCGCUAACAACGGCUUCGUCAUUACAGAUGUACAUGACCAUGCCGCCUACAGAGAAUAGCAAAUCUGAUAUUGGUGUUCCUAUGAAGUUGAAGUACACAGUGAAGCAGAAUCACUCAGUCAGUGAAGAAGCGUUAAAGGAAAUGCACAGAGUGGUGGAGUUUUACCGCAGGGCACCUGAUUGGAUCUCCUUUCAACAUACAUGGCACCCUGGGGUUAACUUCCUCGAGAAACUAAAGACGUCACUUCUGAACAAACUUCCGGAGGAUCAGGGGGAGACCAACUCACUGCUUGACUACAUCCACCACCUGCUGAUGGUGUGAACUUAAAAGUGUGUAAGAUUUUCCCUGGUGGAACGAACCUGGACAGUGUGUAAGGUCCCUACUGAUCAUGUUAACUUGGACAGUAGUGUAAGGUCCCUGCUGGUCACAUGGACUUGGACAGUGUGUAAGGUCCCUGCUGGUCACAUGGACUUGGACAGUGUGUAAGGUCCCUACUGAUCAUGUUAACUUGGACAGUAGUGUAAGGUCCCUGCUGGUCAUAUGGACUUGGACAGUGUGUAAGGUCCCUGCUGGUCAUAUGGACUUGGACAGUGUGUAAGGUCCCUGCUGGUCACAUGGACUUGGGCAGUUUGUAAGGUCCCUGCUGGUCACGUGAUCUUGGACAGUGUGUAAGGUCCCUGCUGGUCACGUGAUCUUGGACAGUGUGUAAGGUCCCUGCUGGUCACAUGAUCUUGGACAGUGUGUAAGGUCCCUGCUGAUCACAUGAUCUUGGACAGUGUGUAAGGUCUCUGCUGAUCAUGUUAACUUGGACAGUGUGUAAGGUCCCUGCUGAUCACAUGGACUUGGACAGUGUGUAAGGUCCCUGCUGGUCAUAUGGACUUGGACAAUGUGUAAGGUCCCUGCUGGUCACAUGGACUUGGACAGUUUGUAAGGUCCCUGCUGAUCACAUGGACUUGGACAGUGUGUAAGGUCCCUGCUGGUCACAUGGACUUGGACAGUAGUGUAAGGUCCCUGCUGAUCACAUGGACUUGGACAGUGUGUAAGGUCCCUGCUGGUCAUAUGGACUUGGACAGUGUGUACGGUCCCUGCUGAUCACAUAGACUUGGACAGUGUGUAAGGUCCCUGCUGGUCACAUGGACUUGGACAGUGUGUAAGGUCCCUGCUGAUCACAUGGACUUGGACAGUGUGUAAGGUCCCUGCUUAUCACAUGGACUUGGACAGUGUGUAAGGUCCCUGCUGAUCAUGUUAACUUGGACAUUGUGUAAGGUCCCUGCUGAUCACAUGGACUUGGACAGUGUGUAAGGUCCCUGCUGGUCACAUGAACUUGGACAGUGUGUAAGGUCCCUGCUGGUCACAUAAACUUGGACAGUGUGUCAGGUCCCUGCCGAUCACAUGGACUUGGACAGUAGUGUAAGGUCCCUGCUGAUCACAUGAUCUUGGACAGUAGUGUAAGGUCCCUGCUGAUCACAUGGACUUGGACAGUGUGUAAGGUCCCUGCUGAUCACAUGGACUGACAGUGUGUCAGGUCCCUGCUGGUCACAUAAACUUGGACAGUGUGUCAGGUCCCUGCUGGUCACAUGGACUUGGACAGUGUGUAAGGUCCCUGCUGGUCACAUGGACUUGGACAGUGUGUAAGGACCAUGAACUUGGACAGUAGUGUAAGGUCCCUGCUGGUCAAAUGGACUUGGACAGUGUGUAAGGACCAUGGACUUGGGACAGUGUGUAAGGUCCCUGCUGGUCACGUGAUCUUGGACAGUGUGUAAGGUCCCUGCUGGUCACGUGAUCUUGGACAGUGUGUAAUGUCCCUGCUGGUCACAUGAUCUUGGACAGUGUGUAAGGUCCCUGCUGGUCACAUGGACUUGGACAGUGUGUAAGGUCCCUGCUGGUCACAUGGACUUGGACAGUGUGUAAGGUCCCUGCUGGUCACAUGGACUUGGGCAGUUUGUAAGGUCCCUGCUGGUCACGUGAUCUUGGACAGUGUGUAAGGUCCCUGCUGGUCACGUGAUCUUGGACAGUGUGUAAGGUCCCUGCUGGUCACAUGAUCUUGGACAGUGUGUAAGGUCCCUGCUGGUCACAUGGACUUGGACAGUGUGUAAGGUCCCUGCUGAUCACAUGGACUUGGACAGUGUGUAAGGUCCCUGCUGGGCACAUGGACUUGGCCAGUGUGUAAGGUCCCUGCUGGUCACAUAGUGGACAGUGUGUCAGGUCCCUGCUGGUCACAUGGACUUGGACAGUGUGUAAGGUCCCUGCUGGUCACAUGGACUUGGACAGUGUGUAAGGUCCCUGCUGGUCACAUGGACUUGGACAGUGUGUAAGGUCCCUGCUGAUCACAUGAUCUUGGACAGUGUGUCAGGUCCCUGCUGAUCACAUGAUCUUGGGACAGUGUGUCAGGUCCCUGCUGGUCACAUGAUCUUGGACAGUGUGUCAGGUCCCUGCUGGGCACAUGAUCUUGGACAGUGUGUCAGGUCCCUGCUGAUCAUAUGAUCUUGGACAGUGUGUCAGGUCCCUGCUGAUCACAUGAUCUUGGACAGUGUGUCAGGUCCCUGCUGAUCAUAUGAUCUUGGACAGUAAGGUCCAGUUUGUUUGAAUUGUUCGACUAAAAAGAGAAAUGCUCCAUUACCCAGAAAUAUUUUCAACACUAUGAUUUGUUGGAAAUCUCUAUUUUUAUAUUAAGGAAAUUUGUGAUAAUUAUGUAAAAUAUUUUCUUAGCAGUUCACAAAUACAUUUUUUCUUAUAGUAUUCACUACAAUGUAUUGGUUUGUUCUCUUUGCUGUCAUUGUAUCAUAAUACACACUGUCAUUAUGUAUAUUUAUAAACAUGUGUUUGCUGUGUUUUAAAGGUGGCACAAUAAUAAAUACAUUUUUGAUUGCUACUUUUUAUUAUUGUCAUGUGUGUAACAUGGUACAUGUUAACUAAUAAUGAUUAUUACAUGGAAUGUGUAACUAUCUAAUUCUUAAAAUUGUAUCUGUAUGAUGAAAACCUAUUGUAUAAUAAAAAUAUAAAUCUAA